GUGACCUUGAAUCAUAAAGAUUCAGGGCCUGUCUUGAGCUGCUCAAUAUGGAAGGCAUCUUUUCUCUAAAGAGUGUGAGCUCCCUGCCAAGCAGCACAGGCGCUUAAUAGGCUUUCAGAGCAGCAAUUCUAGAACCUCCCUUGUGGCUUUCUGAUCUCCCACAGCCCUUGUGUUUGAUGGUCAGGAAAGGAGAAUACCCUUGGAUCGUUUUAUCUCCAGACCACCCCGAGGCUGGCUGGACUUAAGGGGUGAGGAAAGACAAGAUGGGUGAGCAGCUGCUUUCGGCUGAAAACCAGAAAGAAAUCCCAGUGUUUUUGCUUUAUUUUGGUUUAAAAAUCAAGUUGUGUGACAAUGGAAACAUUUUCCUGGUUGUCCUCUCCUCUCUGCCCAUGUUGACAGAAGACGGACUUGCUAAUUCUGGCUGGGGUUUUUCCCUGCCUGGGCUGUUUUUCUCUUUUAUCUUCAUCAAUUGAAGAGGGCUGCUGUGUCUUUCAAACUGUCGGAAGGUAUCUGUAUUUUUUUUUCUUUCACAUAAUUCUGUAGGUCUUUUCCCAGAUAUGUAUUUUUCUCUCUAACUUCUAACUCGCUGAAGUUUCCGCCCAUGUGACUUCCAGCGUGAGUUACCAGAAACCACAAGAGAGAGAGAGAGCGUGCAAGCCCCAAAGCGAGCGACAUGUCCCUUUGGGGAGCAGUCCCUCUGCACCCCAGAGUGAGGAGGACGCAGGGGUCAGAGGUGGCUACAGGGCAGGCAGAGGAGGCACCUGUAGGGGGUGGUGGGCUGGUGGCCCAGGAGAAGUCAGGAAGGGAGCCCAGCUGGUGACAAGAGAGCCCAGAGGUGCCUGGGGCUGAGUGUGAGAGCCCGGAAGAUUUCAGCCAUGCCUCACAGCUCCGACAGCAGUGACUCCAGCUUCAGCCGCUCUCCUCCCCCUGGCAAACAGGACUCAUCUGAUGAUGUGAGAAGAGUUCAGAGGAGGGAGAAAAAUCGUAUUGCCGCCCAGAAGAGCCGACAGAGGCAGACACAGAAGGCCGACACCCUGCACCUGGAGAGCGAAGACCUGGAGAAACAGAACGCGGCUCUACGCAAGGAGAUCAAGCAGCUCACGGAGGAACUGAAGUACUUCACGUCGGUGCUGAACAGCCACGAGCCCCUGUGCUCGGUGCUGGCCGCCAGCACGCCCUCGCCCCCCGAGGUGGUGUACAGCGCCCACGCAUUCCACCAACCUCAUGUCAGCUCCCCGCGCUUCCAGCCCUGAGCUUCCGAUGCGGGGAGAGCAGAGCCUCGGGAGGGGCACACAGACUGUGGCAGAGCUGUGCCCAUCCCGCAGAGGCCCCUGUCCACCUGGAGACCCGGAGACAGAGGCCUGGACAAGGAGUGAACACGGGAACUGUCACGACUGGAAGGGCGUGAGGCCUCCCAGCAGUGCCGCAGCGUUUCGAGGGGCGUGUGCUGGACCCCACCACUGUGGGUUGCAGGCCCAAUGCAGAAGAGUAUUAAGAAAGAUGCUCAAGUCCCAUGGCACAGAGCAAGGCGGGCAGGGAACGGUUAUUUUUCUAAAUAAAUGCUUUAAAAGAAA